AUGUCUUCCUCGGCUGUGGACGGUUCUGAGGAUGUGAACGACUUCCUGCAGCGUAUCAAGGAAUUGAACGACAAAAGAGAUCAGGAAGAUGAGGAACGGAAUAGGAAGCUCGAGGAAGAGAUUUUGCAGGGCAAAAAAGAACGACAGGCACGCCGAGCUGAACGAGCCAGAUCAAUCUCCCCCACAAAGUCUUCUCCUGCGAACACCCCAACUUCCUCCAAAAUACCUGCGGCACAAACUAGUAAUUUGUCACAGGUGUUACCUCCACCAACAAUUGAUCCUCAAGCAGGCAUUGAGCCACAUCGCGAUACACAAAUGGAGGAAGUUAUGGAGGGGUCAGGCUUCUCGACACCACCCACAAAGGAAGACCCUCCACCGAUUAAUGGUGAGCGAGAUGUUGCGGACUCAGCGCCGAAGCGGGACUAUUCAAUAAGAGCGUCGCCAUCGAGUGCGAUGCCUCCGAGAAGCUCAACCCUAAGCUGGCAACGCCGCCCAAAUUCUCAAUCAUCCGACCUUUCACGAAGUCGACCAUUAUCAAUGGUAGCUACAGAGAAUGCCGCGCGAUCUCCGAAGGCAACUCCUACACCAGAGCCUUCAUCAGCAUCUACCUCGGAGCAAAGUCUCUCACGCGAACAAAUUGCGCAAUCGCUGGCAUCCAAGGACCCGGCCUGGUUCCGACAGACUGCGGAUAGGGGAUUACAUUCGCCAGCAUACAGACGAAACCAGGUUGAGGACGAAGAUAGGUCAGAUCACGGAUCGUAUACUGCUCGAGUACAAAUGCCUGGAAUGUCCCGCGAAGUUUCCGAGUCCGAGAAGACCCAAAAUCCCCCCAUAGAUGGAUCUUCUACCCCCCGAAGGAACAGUGCUACUCCCCAAAAUGCCCCUAUAGAUGGAUCUUCUACCCCCCGAAGGAACAGUGCUACUCCCUCCUUUGGCAUUGGCUCGAAAAGCCCGCAAACAAAUUCUUUAGGUGGCCUUGGAACCCCAAUUCCAUUAUCCAGCGCGCAAAAGCUUGACCCCCCGAAUACAGAUUCUAUGUCAGAAACUCGUGGUUUGGCAAUGUCUCCAUCGCAGGGUCGUAUUUCUCCCGAAAGAUCGGAUAGACCUACUACUUCUCCAACCAAAGGAAUGGGCGGGUUUGUACAAAGCGCCAUGAUGAAAAGGUCAGACAGCGUGAGCAAGAGAUGGAGCGUACAAUCACCUGUUGGUCUAAGCCGACGCAACUCCGUGGCAAGCAAUCGAAACAGCAAUGAUGCUAAAGUCCCCAUUGGUUUUGGUAGUGUUGUGAAUGCUUCAGCGAGUGCGUCUAGGCCUAGCAGUCUGAGUAGAGACAACUCCCCGCGGCCUUCCUCUAGGCCGACAUCAAGUCAAAGCAACGCAACGAUCACCACUUCAGGCUCUAUGAGGAGAAACACGACAACUUCUACAAACAGUGAUGCAUUCGUCAAGCCCUCGUUGCCUAGCUCACGAUCGCAGAUCCCCUCAGACGUCAAAGCCGGGCAAGAAAAUGCUCCUGGUGACCAAUCCUCUCGUAAUGAGACGACGCCGCCUAUCACCCCUUCUAAAACCAUGGAUCCUAGGAGAUGGAGUCCCACGAAAUCCAGCUGGCUUGAGAGUGCUCUAAAUAAGCCCGAAUCUCCGAAGCCAAAAGUUGCUCCUCAACAACCUGCGUGGAUGUCAGAAAUCAGUAAGAUCAGGAAAAAGAAUAGCGUCGAUCUCACCCAUGAUCCCACAGUCGGCCACAAGCAUGAAGUUAAUAUUGGCGGCUUGAUGAGGUCACCUGCGCCUGGCGGGCUCGCAGGACCGUCAAGUAUAGCAGGCCUUCCAGCUGGGGGUUCUUCUGGUGCGAUAUCCAAAGACCAUUCUGAAAGCGUCAGCUCACCCGAGAGCGAAUUAACUCCCAGCAAGCCAGAUGUAGCUGAGCACACAAGCCCAACACCCACUCCGGAAAUCGAGUCCUCUCCUGCCAAUAGCAAACCGAAAGUUGACAGACCAAAACCUGAAACACCACCCAAGAAGGAUUUUAGGGCGAUCCUGAAGCCUCGUCAGCUUCCUGCUGAUAAUGAUGGAAAAGAGGAACCCGAAUUUAAGAGUGUUUUUGGUCAGCUUCGGCGGACCAAAACCCAGAACUACGUUGCACCCGAUGAACUAAAGGAUAACAUAGCUCGGGGAAAGGCUGCCCUCAAUAGUACUGGUGGCCCGAAAAAGUCAGAGCCUAGGGAUGAAUUCAAGGAUGCUAUUCUGAAGAAGAAAGAGGACUUCAGAAAGGCUCAGCUGGAAGGGAAAGGUGUUCCAAGGCCUACUACUAGAGGAGGCACUGAAGCACCUCUUCCUGAAGCCCUCGCAAAAAGACAGACUCUGGGGAGAUCAAACUCAACUGUGAACGAAACGGAUAUUCGAGAAUUUUCAAGUUCAGCAUUCCCUCCGAAGGAAAGUAGCGCCUCCGGCCGUCUCCAAGGUAAAGAGGCUAUUGGCGGUAAGCUCGCCGGUCGUUUGAAUCCAGCCCUUGCUGGGCUGUUGGCCCGAGGACCUCCUUCAAUAGCUAGCGAUACGUCGCGAUCAUCGAGCCCUACCUCUUCUUCUCAACGUACUGUCAGCAUGAGUACGGCUACGACAAAUCCGGAGACUCCAGAAACUGGCCCACAGCUCACUCACAUGACCAAGGGACGUGCCCGCGGGCCUCGUAGGAAGGCGCCCUCUAAAGUUUCUGCCGCUGCCAUUACAUCUAAAGGGGCGUCAGAUGCAAACUCGCCCUUGGGAUCAAAACCCGAGUCUCCCAUUAGAUCACGUGUUUCUGUACCUGUGAAGACUCUGGAGUCGACGGAGCCUGUCCUGGAAACCUCAUCCCAAGCCAACAUCGAAAAUCCGGUAACUGAACAUUCAACUCCACGGAAACUUGAUAUGAAAUCGCGAUCACAAUUUCUUCAUGAGGCAGCCAAUAAGAGUAAUGAGGGAGAACCGUUGUUGGACUCCUCCAAACCUUCUCCUGCGAAAAUCAAUACCCGCGAAACGCCUGCGAAGUUAGAGCAGAAGGAACCGGAACAGACUACUAAAUCAACCGACUGGGCCAAGCCAAUACCCCCUACGAAAUCUUCGUCUCUAAUGUCAAGAGAUACUGAAAGAAGUCCAAAUAACAAGCCUUUACCGCUGUUGCCCAGAACAUCCAACACAACUGAGAUGUCACCCGAAGCUACACCUCCUCUCCAAUCAAGAACACUAGCGUCUUGGAACGGAACCAAUCAAUCUGAGAAUUCCAAGAGCGGGGGGCAAGGGUCGUUGGGAUCAGUUAAGAACGUGGCAGCAUUAUGGGAUCGUCCUUCAGCAUCACAACCAGCAGCAAACCCUCCACGCGCCCGCUCUCCGAUCAAAUUGCCCACACAGGAUGAUGAAAAGGCUGCUAUGAUAGACGCUGGACUACGGUCUCCAAGUCCAGUCAAAUCAAAUGCACCAAUUGGCCUGGGUAUUCAAAGUAUAGGAGACUUGGCAUCAGCGCGACCACUUCCAACACCACCAGUAAAACACCCGCGUUCUCCUUCCCCAAACGCAAGGCCCGCACCUUCCGUUUCACGCAUGGAAUCAGAUCUGCCACCUUUACCUCGGGCAUCAGAAGCCUCCAAAUUACUUUCAGAUUUCUUUGUUCGGCACGACUCGCCCCCUGAAUUUCUUGCAGAUACUGCGGCAAUUCUGGCUGCGCGCCCAGAGCAAGGCACAGAUGUCAAGACAUUGCGGGCAAGUCUCUACCAGUUUUCAGGCGAUGGCAAAAAACAGCCUGUGCCCACUCAUCAAGAGCGGCUCUUAUUCGAAGGAAACAUGUACAUUUGUGUUCAUGUAUUCGGUAAUGUGACUGGGAAGAAGGUAACAGAAGUAUAUUUCUGGGCUGGAGAUGAGGUCCCUGCUUCGGUAGUUGAAGGGGCCGAUAUCUUCGCUCAAAGAGAAGCUAAGAGUGCUGGCGGAAGACUUGUCAAGAUCCAACAGGGCAAGGAAACCCCAGAAUUCUUCCAAGCACUUGGAGGUAUCAUAAUAAUUCGAAGAGGUACAUCGAACAAAUAUGAUUCUCUGGCGCCGCAUAUACUUUGUGGGCGAAAGCAGUUUGGCCAGAUCGCGUUUGACGAGGUAGACUACUCGCCUGCCAGUCUCUGCUCUGGAUUUCCCUACCUCAUUUCGACCCAAUCUGGCAAAUGCUAUCUGUGGAAAGGAAAGGGCAGUGGUGUCGAUGAGCUUAGUUGUGCUAGACUUAUUGGGAUGGACUUUGGCUUGACAGGCGACAUUGAGGAGGUAGAAGAUGGCAGUGAACCUGCAUCAUUUCUGGAAGUCUUUGGGGACGGGGCUCAAAUACCAAAAUCCGCAGACCAUUGGAGGCUGAAGCCGAACUACAACAAGUACUGUGGGCGACUCUUCUGUGCAUAUUCUUCUGCAAAAUCACAGAUCGUUGAAAUCUCCCCCUUCUGUCAGCGCGAUAUCUCUUCAUCGAACAUCUAUAUCUUAGAUGCCUUCUUUGAAAUUUAUAUCAUCGUCGGGUCACGGGCCCAAUCUCAAUAUGCCGCCUUUCAUAGUGCCUUGAUGUUCGCACAAGAAUACGGCAUCCUCGCUGCGGGUAUGGAAGACCGGCCUCAUGUCCCAGUUACUACGAUCGUACUGGAAGGUAUACCGAAGGAUCUAAAGAGCGUGUUCCGAAAAUGGAGGGAUGGGUUAACGCCAACGAUAACGCAACCGGCCAGUGGUGUGCAAAGAGGAAGAAGCUUGAGAGUUGUGUCACUGACGGCUGCCUUGGAAGCCAUGCGGCAAAUGUAA